UAGUGAUUCAUAAAAUAUCCAAUGGAAGAAAACGCUUGAAUAUGUUUUGUGGUUCUCUGAUGCGAGAAGAAGUUUAAUUCAGGGUUAGUUUGAACUACCAUACUAUUAGUAUUCUGACUGAGGUAUAUUUGUUUACAUUGUAAUACAAAUAAAAACAAGUAAAAUUAUUUAAAGUAAUGUCUGAUCGAGAAAAUCGGGAUACUGAUGAUGAUGAUGACGAAGGGUAUCCUCCAAUGGAAUUAGUCGAAAAUGGAUAUUUUACGUCUAACGUAGAAAAUUCCGAUUCUUCAGAUGAUGAAGGUAAUGAUGAUGAUCCAGAUUCAUAUCCCAGUAAUGAUGGAGAGUUUGAUCGGGAUUUGCCUACUACUCACAGGUAUUUGGGAAAAUUGGAUAGUGUAACAGGUUAUACAUUGUAUGAUGAUGGCGAGGUAAUGAAUAUUUUAGCAAUAUAUACAACUACAAUGGUAUUCCCGGGAUUCACUCUUCCAUUAGUCAUGAAUACUAGUGAGGAAACCUCAAUCAUGCAAACCUUCAUAGAAAAAAAUAAUGUAUUCGUUUUAUUGUGUGCCAACUCAAUAUUAGAUGGAAUUUUCAAUUUUGGAGUAACGAUGGAAAUUUUUGAAACACAGAUGCUUGACAAUGUUCUCAACAUUAAAGCUCGAGGCAGACAAAGGUGCCAACUUGUUAGUGGUACUGAAGUAAAGAGUUGGACCGGAAGAUUAAAACAAGUUACCAUAAAAAUUAAAGCUGAACCUGAAAUUUCUUCUCCUUUAUGUGACACCCAAAUGGUUUCUUUGAAACAGAAGCGGCUGUUAAUGUCUUCACAGUUUUCUGAUAUACUGAAAAAUUACAAAUUCAGAAGAUAUCAUUUAGCACAGUAUCCUCUUGCUUCUUGGCUGUAUGACAGAUACGAAGUGUGCUACUAUGUGAAAAUAUUGUUAGAAGGUCUGGCUCAUUAUGUUGGAGGUAAUUUAUUCAUAUUUUUAUUACUUAAAUCAAGACUGAAUUUUUUUUUUCAAGAAUACAUUCCAAAUGAUCCAGUGAAGUUGAGUUAUUGGUUUGUACAGAAUUACCAGCUAAGCCAUGAAGAACGUCUGGAUAUUUUAAAAUUAAAUUCGACUUUAGAAAGGUUGAAAUUGGAGUGUAAAUAUUUGACUUAUGAAAGGAUAAUAUGUUGUAGCAGAUGUAAUGCCAACAUCACAGAUCCAACCAAAGUAUUUGCAAUGUCAAAAGAUGGUAUUCAGAGUAAUUAUGUUAAUCCUGGAGGACACGUAUAUGAAACAGUUACUGUGUUAGAAGCGCAAAAUUUCAGAUUGAAUGGGAAUCCUUCUAAGCAGUUUUCUUGGUUUCCUGGAUAUGCUUGGACAACUAUGCAAUGUAAAAGUUGUGCCAACCACUUGGGUUGGCGAUUUACCAGUACAAAUUUGAGACCUCAGUCUUUUUAUGGUUUGGCUAAGAUUGGUAUCAAAGUUAUCAUCUAUAAAAAGAUUGACUCCAAAGAUGAAGAAGAGAUUAAUUCUAGACCAACCUCUUUCACUCGGGAUUACAUACCAGCGUGAGGGAUUCAAUUCGGUGUGGAUGACCUUUGGCCUACUUUGAGGUUUGGAUUCUUGAUUUUGUUAUCAAAAAAAUCUACUUUAUAUUUAUAAAAAAAAAUGUAUUCAACUCAAUUUGUAGAAUGCUUAAAUUGAUCUGAGAAAUGUUGAUUUUUUCAGUUGUUUAGAAAAAUAACUUCCAGAUGUUGAUUUUCCAUUUUUUUAUCAAGAAAAUUGCAUGUAUUAUAGUUAUCGUAAAAAUGUAUUCAACUUAUUUUAUGGAAUGUGUAAAUAAAUUGGUUUAUAUGAGAA